AUGGCCCCUUCAUCUGCGGACCUACCGCACCAGGUUGAGCAGUCAAUUCAUCCUGCAAACAGCAAAGAGCCCGGUAAAUCAGAUGUGUCUCAAAUCGACAAUGAUGGAUAUGGAUCUUUUGCCAAAUACGUCUUUCAUGAUGCCAAAGCAGCAACUGAGGCGGAGCAUAUGACAACUCCGCUCCAAGGCUUCAAGAAAUAUCCCAAGGCUGUUGCUUGGUCCAUCUUGGUCACAAUGGCCGUUGUCAUGGAUGGCUACGAUGAAUCGUUGAUCAAGAGUCUUUUCGCCCAAAAAGCCUUCCGAAAGCGAUUUGGCGAGCCGACACCCGCUGGUAGCUACCAAUUGACCGCUGCAUGGCAAGCUGGCACGGCCAAUGCAAGUGUCAUUGGUAUCAUGAUUGGCAUGUGUUUCAAUGGCUACGUUCGGGAAAGAUUUGGAAUGAGAAAGACCCUGUUGGCUGCUUGCUUUGUUCUCACUGGUCUCAUAUUCAUAUUGGCAUUCGCGCAGUCGGUGGCAAUGCUUCUUGUCGGUGAACUGCUGUGCGGCAUCUGCUGGGGGAUUUUCCAUGCAACGGCCCCGAUUUAUGCCUCUGAAGUUUGUCCAACCGUGCUGCGAGGAUAUCUCACAACCUUUAUCAACUUUGGCGCUGUAUUUGGCCACCUUAUCGCAGCUAUCGUAUUGAACGCGACGCAGUCAAUGACAGGCAGAUGGGCGUAUAAUCUACCAUUCUCUUUGCAGUGGAUUUGGCCUGUCAUACUUGUUGUCGGCCUCAUAUUUUGUCCCGAGUCACCAUGGUGGCUGGUUAGGACAGGUCGUCUCGAAGAAGCAGAGAAAGCCCUGAAACGUCUUACAAGCGGGGAGGGAACUCAUGAGGCCGUCGCUCUGAUGGUUCGGACGACCGAAGAGGAAAAGGCACUUGGUGGUUCCUCUUACUGGGACUGUUUCAAAGGGUCAAAUCUUCGACGUACCGAAAUUGCAUUCGCUGUCUGGAGCAUUCAAGCAUUUUCGGGCUUGCCUAUGUCAGCUUACAAUACCUACUUCUUCGAACAAGCAGGUCUGCCGGAUUCCAGUGCCUUCAGUAUGAGUAUUGGCAACUCCUGCAUGGGAAUAGCUGGAACAAUAUUGUCCUGGUUCCUCCUGACUUGGUUCGGUCGCCGUACCAUCUUUAUUGGUGGUCUCGUAACCAUGUGUUUCAUCCUUUUCAUUAUCGGCUUUGUUGCGUCCUGGGCGCAAGCUGUGAUGCUGCUGAUUUGGGUCUUCACCUACGACUUAUCUGUCGGCCCGGUUGCUUGGUGUGUUGCCAGUGAGGUCUCAGCAACACAAACACGUGCAAAGACAAUUGCAGUUGGCCGUACGGGCUCUUAUAUCAUCAACAUUAUCUUCAACGGUAAGACAGGCUUCUUCUUCGGCGGGACAUGCGCUCUUUCUCUUGUUUGGACUUUCUUCCGUCUCCCAGAGUUCAAAGGCAGAACAUAUGAGGAGCUUAACAUUCUCUUCUGGAAGGAAGUGCCGGCUAGAAAGUUUAAGAGUACAAGUGUCGAUGCUUAUGGCGAGGAGUCCAGCAAUGCUCCAGCUAUUUAAGAGGUGCCAGCCAAACAGACUUAACCCUCGCUACGAUGGACAAUAUUUGGAAA